AUUCCGCUUAACAGUUCACACUUCACUGGCUGCGGCUCACGCGUAGUGUUCACUCAAAAACCCUAGCUGCCUAGCUCCGCCCACAAAAACCCUUAUAAAUCAAUGCCCUUCAAAAACCUCUCUUAUUCCGCCUCAUUUACUCUCAAAUUUCUCUAUCCACUGCAUUCUUAGAAUCCCUAGCUUUCUAUCUCUUACGUUCUGUCAUCCUCCAUGGAAUUCUGGGGUGUUGAAGUCAAGGCUGGGGAGCCUGUCAAGGUAACACCUGAUGCUGAAAGUAUCAUACAUCUCUCUCAGGCAGCUCUAGGGGAGUCAAAGAAAGAAAAAGGAAAUGAACCAGUGCCCCUUUUUUUAAAGAUUGAUGACAGCAAGAUUGUAUUGGGAACACUUUCUCCUCAAUUAAUCCCUCAGUUGUCUUUUGAUUUGGUUUUUGAAAGAGAGGUUGAGAUAUCUCACAACUGGAAAAAUGGGAGUGUUUACUUAUGUGGUUAUAAAAGUCGUUUGCCGGAAGAAGAAGAGGAUUUUUCUGAUGAGGAUUCAGAAGAUGAAGAACUAUUUCCAUUGAUGAAUGCAGACAAUGGAAAUGUUCAGCCGAUGGUUGAGGACACAAAGCCUGCCAAAGGAAAGUCUAUUGUUGCAAAGACUGAUUCUUCUGCGAAACAAAAGGCUAAGCCUGUAGAGCCAAAAAAAGAAAUCAAAGCUGAGGAUGAAUCUGAUGAUGAUGAAUCUGAUGAGGAUGAUGAGGAAGAUUCUUCUGAUGAGGAGGGUGACUCUGAUGAGGAAAUGUCUGAAGAUUCAGAGGAAGAAGAUGAUUCUGAGAGCGAAGAUGAGGAGACUCCAAAGAAGGCUGAGAAAGGCAAGAAGAGGCCCAAUGAAUCUGCAACAAAGACUCCUGUGCCCUCAAAGAAGAUAAAAUCAGCUACCCCUCAGAAGACAGAUGGUAAGAAGGGUGGGCAUACUGCAACUCCCCAUCCAGCCAAGGGUGCUGGAAAAGCUGCUGCAAAUGGCAGCAGUGCUAAGGCACAGACCUCAAAAUCCGGUGGCCAGUUUGCUUGCAAAUCCUGUGAAAGGUCAUUCGGCUCAGAUGCUGCUCUGCAGUCUCACUCAAAGGCCAAGCAUGGUGGCAAGUAAAUAGAGUUAAAUUUUUUAUGCGUGGUCUCGUGAGAGAACCAAGCUAAAAGAUUUUUUAGGCAUGACACAGGAAGUGAGGGUUUUAUGAUGGUAGAGACUUGCUUUGCAAGUACUGUUAAUGGUUUACAAUUGGGUUGAUAUAUGCCCAUUUUUUAAGUCCAGUUUUCAUUUAUUGUUUCAUAUGAUCAUUGAUUUGCUGUGAUGUUACAUGUUUACCUCUAAUAUGCAAGUCAAUAUGUGUUCUUAUUGAUUAAA